AUUUUCAUCCAUCGUCGCAUAGAAGAGAAGGAGAGCGAGAUGACAACCAUCCGAAGAUUUUGCUGCGAUGAUCUUCUCCGAUUCUCUUCCGUAAAUCUCGAUCAUCUCACAGAAACCUUUAACAUGUCGUUUUAUAUGACCUACUUGGCACGCUGGCCUGAUUAUUUCCAUGUCGCCGAAGCUCCAGGAAACAGAGUCAUGGGAUACAUUAUGGGUAAAGUCGAAGGACAAGGCGAGUCCUGGCAUGGUCAUGUCACAGCUGUUACAGUCGCUCCUGAAUUCCGCAGGCAGCAGUUGGCUAAGAAACUAAUGAACCUGCUUGAAGACAUCAGUGACAAGAUUGACAAGGCGUACUUUGUGGAUCUCUUUGUAAGAGCAUCAAAUACACCGGCUAUAAAGAUGUAUGAAAAGCUCGAGUACAUUAUUUAUAGACGUGUAUUACGUUACUAUUCCGGGGAGGAAGAUGGCUUAGAUAUGAGGAAAGCAUUAUCUCGAGACGUAGAAAAGAAGUCUAUAAUCCCACUCAAGAGGCCAGUUAUGCCUGAUGAACUGGAGUACGACUAGAUCGGGCUGUCGAUGGUAAGUUUUAUUAUGUUUGUGCCAUCAUAUUUGUUUAAGUAGAGGGCUUCAUCUCUGUAAACUAGAACCUGAAAGUACACUGAUUUUAAGCGUUUAAUUUACGCAAUUUGGUAUCGAAAACAAUAUCAAAUUGCGGAAACAGUCGCUCUACAAUUUUCGAUAGAGUCAGAUCUGCGUAUAUCUCACCAUCAAAACUCAUAUCUAGGUAGGAUAUACUCAGCUUGUUUGGUUAACACUUAACAGGUCUGCAUAUACCUCACCAUCUGACCUCACAUCCAGGUGGGAUAUCUUGCGCGUGUUUGGUUAACAGUUUUUACUGAAUAUGAUUAUGGGUGUUUAAUCUAUUU